UGUGAGAGUGAGAGCCUGCGGAGUGAUGCCGACGCGCAGAGCGGAGUGAGAACGCGUCGGGGAUGGCCGACAAACCUCUGCCGCUGUUCAUGAAGCUGUUCGCCGCCGGGUUCUACGGCCUGAGCUCGUUUCUGAUCGUCGUGGUGAACAAGAGCGUCCUCACCAACUACAGGUUCCCUUCUUCAAUAUGUGUCGGGAUUGGACAGAUGUUUGCCACAGUGGUCGUGCUGUGGGUGGGAAAGGCUUCGAGGGUGAUCACCUUCCCAGACUGCGACGAGAGCAUACCUCGCAAGACGUUCCCUCUGCCUUUCCUCUAUGUGGGGAAUCAAAUCACUGGUCUGUUUGGAACCAAAAGGCUGAAUCUGCCGAUGUUUACUGUCCUCAGGAGGUUCUCCAUCUUAUUCACAAUGCUGGCUGAGGGAUUCCUGCUCAAGAAGAAAUUCUCCAGACCGGUCCAGCUGACAGUCUUUACAAUGAUCCUCGGGGCGUUUAUAGCCGCAAGUGCCGACUUGUCGUUUGACCUGCAGGGCUACGUGUUCAUUCUCAUGAACGACGUGUUGACUGCAGCCAACGGAGCCUAUGUGAAGCAAAAGUUAGAUGCAAAGGAGCUGGGGAAAUAUGGAUUGCUGUAUUAUAAUGCAUUAUUUAUGAUCAUCCCCACCAUACUGUUGGCUCAUGUGACUGGAGAUAUGCAGAAGGCUGUGGAAUAUGAUGGUUGGUCGGAUAUGUUUUUCCUCUCCCUCUUCAUCCUCUCUUGCAUCAUGGGGUUUGUUCUGAUGUAUUCCACUGUGCUCUGUACACAAUACAACUCUGCGUUAACAACUACCAUCGUGGGCUGCAUCAAGAAUGUCCUGGUGACGUACAUCGGGAUGGUGUUCAGUGGAGACUACAUUUUCUCUUGGACCAACUUCAUCGGUUUGAAUAUCAGUAUUGCGGGCAGCCUGGUUUACUCCUACAUCACCCUCACAGAGGAGCAGUCCAUCAAAACCAGUGAAAACACCAAGCUGGACAUCAAGGGCAAGGUGGUUGUAUGACAGAGACACUGGAUUUUAUUUUUUAAUGCUGAUGAACGAGAAAACUCUAUUUUUCGUACGACUUUUAUUUAUGCAGUAUUUUAGCAUCAGAAGCUGGGGGAUGAUGGGAACGGUGUUUUUGGUGGAAAACUUCUUUCUCUGUUUGUGUGAAAAUGGAUCCACACCGUCACCCUGACUCUCCUCCAGAGGGAUUGUGGGUCUGUGUUUUUUUUUUUUAGAUCUUGUUUUCUUUUUUAAAUAUCUGUAUUUUGAUACUGUACGUGUGAGCAUCGAGAAGAAAGGGAAACAUGGAAAACCAAUAUUAUUUAUAUUACGACAUUUCCUCACAUACCGAACGUUUAUAGUUAAGCGUUGGGAUUGUGUAAUGUUUCCUGAAUACAAGGGUGAACAGCUGGAAAUAUAUCAGUUAUUUAAAGGGAUAGUUUGGACUGUUCGAAGUGACUUUUGUGUUUUAAAGGGUUAGUUCGGAUUCACCAAAGUCACAAACACUUCUAACCGAUUGGAGGCAGCAGUAGACCAGCAACCCCUGUGUUCUGAGAGGUUAAAUUACUGUUUUUGUCAAUGGAGUCUGGUGUCUUUAAAGAAAUUUAGAUCCCCAUCAGAAACCGCUGUCUGACGGCAAAAUAAAGCAGUGAAAAUAUUCUAAAUAUACCGUACAAUUAAAGUGAUAUUGAUUCUUUUAGGUUUCUAAAAUACGUCCACAGCCGUACAUUACUUUGCUGGUUCUCCUGUCUGUUUCUCCAAACUCCAUCUACUGUAUUAACACACUGACUGUGUAGAAGUACCUCAUGCAACUACACUCCAAAACAUCCAAACUAUCCCUUUUUAAUAAUCGUUUUGUUCCGACGAAUCAUGGGACUUUUAAAAAAAAAAAAAAAUGGUUAUUUUAAAGGCACAAUCCUUAUUUUUUUUUAAGCCUUUUCUGUUUUGCUGUUUUGCUGUUUACAGAGAAUGUAACUUUAGCUGCCUUUCUAAGCACAGUGAGAUGCACUGACACUGUCGUUGUCCGUUGUUUCAGAGUUUAGUACAUUUCUUUAUUUUUUUGAGCAUACACUGUUAUGAGCUUGUUACAGACGAACGGAGAUCCAUCCUCAUCCGUCAAAACAACCAAAGUGGAUGGGCAGUGGCUGUCGGCUCCCAUCAAGGAUUGUGGCUUUAAAUAAAUGUCGCCACCUCCUUUUUUUGGGGAGAUAAUUUUAAUAUUACAGUUUACAUUUUUGCUCCCUCAGUAUUACAGAAUGUUUUUUGGUCUGUAACAGGUUUUCUCUAUGCAGAAUUAACAGACGGUACUUCUGGUUUGUUAUUUGUUAAAGGGGAUCCUUUUGUCCUUGUUUUUUUGUUUUUUUCUUGACACAAUGUUAUCGCACUUUUACCUGAGGUAGCGCCUGCAGAAAGGUGAAACUGAAUAGCCUCACCUCCUAUUACAGUCAUUGUUGAGAUUGAGAUUAUUUUAUUCUUCUGGAGUGUACCUUUCAGGUUUUUUUAAAGUAUUACAAGAGACACGUGUUUUUCUAAACCUUUUUAAUAGUCUGGUACGAGACUUUUUUUUUGCUUUUUUACGUUUUUAUCUACAUCAUUUCAUAUUUAUUAUAGAUUAAUAUUCAUGUUGUAGUUGGAGUGGCUUGUGAAUUGUUGAUGCUGAUGGCGUCUUAAACACAGUAACCAUGGAUUUGUAGCUGAAACACAAUGAUGUAUUUUUGCAUUAAAGAA